AGUCGUCUCUUUUUUUUGGUUUGUCUUCUUCUCCACGCGCACACACGCUCGCACUCUCGCCUCUCGACAGACACACUCUUGCCUGCUGCCAGCACUGCUUGCCCCUUUCCCUGCGUACAUCACCACCACCCAUCACCGUUCGUCAUGGCAACUCCUGUUGAGCACCUUAACGUCGCCGACCAGGUUGGCCGCUUCUUCGUCCAGGUCUACUACCAGACGCUGAACGAGAAGCCCAGCGACAUUGGCAGGUACUACCUCCUCGGAAAGUCCACCGCCGUGCGCACGGACGAGGCUGGUAUGCAGACCACCUUCCAUGGCCGUGAGAACAUCACCCACGGCAUCGCCGGCGAGCUCAAGCCCCUGCAGACCCGCACGGAGAUCUCCUCGAUCAACUGCGCUGAGCUGCCCCUUGGCCACAUUGCCGUCCACCUUGUUGGCUUUAUCAGCACCAACGGCAAGGAGGCCGAGAAGUUCACCCAGGUCUUCGUCCUCAUCAAGGAUGGCGAUAAGGACUCCAAGCGCUACGCCUGCGCCCUUGACAUGCUGACGUACCUGCACGGCCGCGAGGACGCUGCUCCCCAGCAGCAGUUUUACCAGCAGACCAUGCCACAGCAGCAGCAGCAGCAGCAGCAGCAGCAGCCGGAGGAGCCUGUCCAGGCUGUUGAGGAGGCUGCACCUGUCGCCGAGGCCACCGAGCCCGUUGCUGAGGAGCCGGUUGAGGCUGCCCAGCCGGUUGUCGAGCAAGAGCCCGAGCAGCAGCAGGUGGAGGAGGUUGAGGAGCCGCAGCAGCUGGCGGAGGCAGAGCCCGAGCAGCAGGAGCAGCCCGAGGUUGAGGAGCAGCCUGUUGUCGAGGAGGCCGCCCCUGUGCGCCCCGCCGUCAAGCCGUCGUCGUGGGCUGCGCUCGUGUCCCGCCCCGCCGCCGCAAAGCCCGCAGCUGCCGCCACAUCUGCUCGCCCCCAGCACAAGCCCCAGAAGCAGGCCCAGAAGGCUAAGCAGGCCCAGAAGCAGAAGCAGCAGAAGCCGCAGAAGAAGGGCGAGGGCCAGGACGAGCAGGGCGAGAAUGUGCAGGCCGUCUCGCAGCAGGAGCCGGAGCAGCAGCAGGUGCAACAGCAGCAGCAGCAGCAGCAUCAGCAGACCCAGGGCGCCAAGGGCAAGCACGCUGGCGAGCGCCGCCCCCGCCGCGGCAACCAGGAGAACAAGCCGCGCCGCCCGAACCGCGACGACAAGGAGUUUAACGCCCGCUCCCUGUUUGUGAAGAACGUUCCCCUCAGCACCACGGACGACGAGCUGCGCGGCGUGUUUGGCGCCAUCGGCGACGUCCAGUCCGUCGACAGCUUCCGCACCCGCAGCAACACCAGCAACUUCAAGUGCGCCGUGGUCGAGUUUACGGAGCCCCAGGCUGCCGACGCCUGCCUUGCCGAGGAGAAGCGCGGCACCUUUGUUGUGCACGACUCUGUGCUUAUCAUUGACAAGCGCCGUGAGCGCCGUGCUGGCGACCGCCCACCCCGCGGUGACCGUCCACCACGCGGUCCCCGUGGCCCUGGCGGCCCUGGCGGCCGUGGCGGUGCCCCACGUGCCCCUCCCGCUGGCGACGCCGGUCGCCGCUAAACCGCCCCCUCCCCCCCCACACACACACCACCCUCACCACUCCUCUUCACCCAAACAACACUUCAACCGCUCCAUCUUCAAUGUGACUGCACGUCGUGCCCAUUAACACCUCCCCCCCCUCCUUUUUUUUUUUUUUUACUUUUCUCUCGGUAGCGUUUGGCCUGUUUUCGUUUUUGUUUGUUCAUGUCUUGGCAUGUACUGGUGGGCUGUUGUGGUUUGUUCCCUGUUGCGUCGCCGUUCUCGUGCUUGUACAUGUGAUUUGCUGUGAAACGAUGUGACAUGACCCCCACCAGUUCGUGGUGUGGUGUGCGUUGGUGUUGGUGUUUGCGUUGCUGUGGCGUGCUUUGUGGACAUGAUGUCAUGUGUGUGUGUGUGUGUGUGUGUUUUUGCACGCUGUGGUUGUGCUUGCGAUGUUUGGUUAUUCUCCCUUCCCCAACGAUAUACGUUGGCGAUAUUGGACGCAUCCUUUUUUGAGGACCCGUGCAAGUGUAUUGCUUGUGUUGUUGUACAUUGGGUUGUAACGUGACGUGUGUGGGUGGGUGAUGACGCAUGUCGAUGGGUUUGCGCCGUUUCAUCAUGUGUGUGCGUGGGUGUGCUUGCGUGCGUGCAGACGCAGUGCAUCGCUGUUGUAGCCGUCCAGCUGGUUGCAGCAGUGUCAGUCAUGCCUCAUCAUGCACCCGCGCCUCGCCCUCCCGCUCCCUGUUGCCCCCGUCUUCGCUGGCUGGCAUUGUCUUUCUUCCCCUCCCCCCGCCCUGUUCGUACCUGCUUCAACACCUCUGGUGUGUAUUGAUGGUGCGACACCCUCCCCUGUUUCUUCCCGCUUGUUCUCGAUUGGUUGGUAUCGUACAACUGCAAGCAAAUACACUGCACUUCCUCGA